GAGCAAACAUGCAGGUGGGACCAGGACAAACGCCAGUCUUUGUUAUGAACUCUGCCCCCGAGCGGCAAUCGGGGAGAAAAGCACAGAUCUCAAAUAUCACAGCUGGCAAAACGAUCGCGGAUGUCAUUCGGACAUGUUUGGGUCCCAAGGCUAUGCUCAAGAUGAUCCUCGACCCCAUGGGCGGCAUCCUGCUCACCAAUGACGGGAACGCAAUACUUCGAGAGAUUGACGUCGCACAUCCGGCUGCCAAGAACAUGAUCGAGCUUAGCAGAACACAGGACGAGGAGUGCGGCGACGGUACGACGAGUGUCAUCAUCCUCGCCGGCGAGAUCCUCGCGCAAUCCCUUUCCCAACUCGAACGCGAUAUCCACCCCGUCGUGAUCAUCUCCGCAUACAACAAGGCACUCAAAGAAGCCCUAUCCAUCAUCGACCGCAUCUCCGUCCCCAUCGACACUUCCGACGACACCCAGAUGCUCGCUCUCAUCAAAACCUCCAUCGGCACCAAAUUCGUUGUCCGCUGGUCCGACCUCAUGUGCCGCCUCGCCCUCCAGGCUGUACGCACCGUCUCUGUAGACGACGGCGCGGGCCGAAGCUCCGUCGACAUCAAGCGCUACGCACGCGUUGAAAAGGUGCCCGGAGGCGAGAUCGAGGAAUCGCGCGUGCUCGACGGGGUGAUGCUCAACAAGGACAUCACGCACCCCAAGAUGCGGAGGCGAAUCCUGAACCCGCGGAUCAUCCUGCUCGACUGCCCGCUGGAGUACAAGAAGGGAGAGUCCCAGACAAACAUGGAGUUUUCAAAGGAGACGGACUGGGAGCGCGCGCAGGAGAUGGAAGAGGAGCAGAUCGUCGCGCAGUGUAAACGCCUGUUGGAGUUUAAGCCGGAUUUGAUCAUUACCGAGAAGGGUGUCUCUGACCUUGCUCAGCAUGUCUUCGAGCGUGCCAACGUCUCUGCCAUCCGCCGCGUGCGCAAGUCGGACAACAACCGUAUCGCACUCGCUGUCGGUGCGACGAUCGUCAACCGCAUCGAGGAUCUGCGCGAUAGCGACGUUGGAACCCUGUGUGGUCUUUUCAACAUCGAGAAGAUCGGCGACGAAUACUUCACCUUCCUCACAGGCUGCAAAAGCCCGAAAGCCUGCACGAUCCUCCUCCGCGGACCCUCCAAAGACAUCCUGAACGAGAUCGACCGUAACCUGGCGGACGCCAUGUCCGUCGCACGCAACGCCGUCUUCAACCCGCGCCUCGCGCCCGGCGGCGGCGCGACCGAGAUGGCGCUCUCCGUGCUCCUGCACCAGCACGCGACCAAGUCCGUGGCGGGCAUCGAGCAGUGGCCGUUCCGCGCCGUCGCGGACGCGCUCGAGGUCGUGCCGCGCACGCUCGUGCAGAACGCGGGCGGCAACGCGAUCCGCGUGCUCACGGAGCUGCGCGCGAAGCACGCGGCCGGGGAGCACUCGUGGGGCGUGAACGGGGACACGGGCAAGAUCGUGGAUAUGAAGGAGUACGGGCUGUAUGAGUCUGCGUCUGUCAAGAUUCAGAUUCUCAAGACGGCGAUCGAGGCCGCGCGGAUGCUGCUCCGCGUCGACGAUGUUGUGCAAGCGACGCGCAAGGAUAAGGAACAACAACAGGGGCCGCCGCCUGAGGAGAUGGGCGAGUAGAGAUUGAGCGCAUGGCCUACGCAUGCGUUUACGAGACACUAAAAAAUAUUGCUAGAUCAGUUCGAUGAUACUGCUAGCAAUGAUAUUUUGAUCACAUCUGCUGUUCACCACGAUAUCGUUCCCAGAAAAUUGGAAAUUUUCGCC